CGCGGGGCAGCCCGUCGCGACGGGAGCCGCUCGGAGGCCCCAGAGGCGGGAGCCGACGGCGGGCGCCAUGUCAGUGAGCGCCAUGUUCGUGGAGCUGCAGGGCGCGCUGACGGCCGACCAGGACAUCCGAGAGGAGAUCCGGAAGGUCGUGCAGGCGCUGGAGCAGACGGCCCGCGAGAUGCUGACGCUGCUGCAGGGGGUGCACCAAGGGAACGGAUUCCAAGACAUACCAAAGAAAUGUCAGAAGGCUCGGGAACACUUCGGUACAGUAAGGACACAGAUGGAAUCUCUGAAGACUAAGUUUCCUGCUGAUCAGUAUUACAGAUUUCAUGAGCACUGGAGGUUUGUGCUUCAGCGGUUGGUGUUUCUGGCAGCGUUUGUAGUCUACCUGGAGACAGAAACGUUGGUGACCCGAGAAGCUGUUGCAGAAAUACUUGGGAUUGAAGCUGAUCGGGAGAGGGGCUUCCAUCUGGACAUUGAAGACUACCUUUCUGGUGUCUUAACUCUGGCCAGUGAGCUGGCCAGGCUGGCAGUGAACAGCGUCACAGCCGGUGACUAUUCUCGCCCGCUGCGCAUCUCAACCUUUAUCAACGAGUUGGAUUCGGGCUUCCGUCUCCUCAACCUGAAGAACGACUCCCUGAGGAAGCGUUACGACGGCCUGAAAUACGACGUCAAGAAGAUUGAGGAAGUGGUUUAUGACCUGUCCAUCAGAGGACUCAAUAAGGAGGCAGCGGGUGGCGCGGGUGGAGAGAAAUGAAGGAUGCUGAUUUUAACAGCAUCGUUGAUUACCUCAAAUGGUUGCCAAGUUUGGAGGCAUGCUAGCAAAGCCUUCCUACAGUAGUUUAGAAGAAUGCAGCCGAUAGCUGCUCUCUAUUUUCUUACAAAAGGUGUAGCAUGGGUGUUAGAUCUCAAAAUGUUUUGUAAAAUCAUGUGUAGGUUAGCGCUGCAGGCCCUCUGUUCCCAGUUAAAUUCCUCUGUCAGAACACACGUUGCUGUUCUGUGCACAACAGCAGGUGGUCAGUAACUCCACGAGCCAGAAUUCUCACUGGGUCUGUAGUGUUGCUUCAGUGCUGUGGGAGUUGUGUGCUGCAGCUGUUUCUACUCACACCCCUUGAAAGACGUGUGCACAGCAUGCAGCUUGGUGCCGAUGUUUGUGACAUCUUAAAAGCACAGUCUAUAAACAUCAGUAUGGAUUUUCUAAGACACUGGGUUGUUUUGCUUUUGUUGUUUGUUGUUUUGUUUUUUUUUAAUUUUCACCUACAUCAGUUAAGUGGAACAGAUUUGCAUAAUUUUAUUUACCAGAUCUUUUAGAAUGGCUCCAGUUAGCCUAUCUCCCCUUGGAAUCAGUGCAUUACACCUGGGUGCAUCUUCCUCAUUUUUCCCCUCCAACAUGCCUGCUACCAGAGUGUACAAGGCUUUCUCAACUAUCUGCUUUUACUGGCUGCUGUCUCAUUUACUGACAUGAGUAAAUGUUGAGUUUGAACACAGUCAUUUACAUUAGGAACUCUGUAGCUUUUUUAUUUUCUUUUGAACUAGCAAAGUUUAUGAAUAGAGAAGUGUUAACUGACAAAGUGCAGGUAGGAUUUGAGUUUUAACAAUCUGUAUAGGCCAUGAUUGUUCUGUUUCCUGGGUUUAAAAAGUUCACACAGUAAAAUGUGUGCCCCCCAAAAAGGAAACUUAGUGUCAGAUACUUUGCAUGUGAGAUAUUUGCAGAUACCAACAGCCUUUUCCAUCUGUGCAGAUGGACAGAUCCAUACCUCCCUGUGCAUUUGUUCUCUUGUCCUCGAUGACUUUGAGUCUUUCCACUUUCUUACUUCAGGGGGUGCAGUAGCACAAGAGAGAAGCAGCUUGUUUAGAAGGAGGAAUCUUUCCAGAGGAUGAGUAUGAACAAUCAAGCUUACGUGGGUUAGUUAGGGUUUCAAUUAGUUGACAAACGUUUCCCAUUGUUUCAGUUAUGUUUUUAUUUUGUUUAUUGGAAGGAAAUGGUUUCUUGGUUACUUUGGCCAAUAAAAACUGUUCUUUGGCCAUUUGGUAA